CCCAGUCACCCUUUCACUUGUUGAUUUUUACUGAAGACAGCUAGCUUUGAGUUCAGCUUUUGUCAACUUGUGACAUCCAUUAAAUAACACACAAUUGAUGGUAUUUUUUUCAACUUUGCUGCAGAGUUAAAUUUUUACUUCACUGAGGGAAAAGACACGGAGGACAUGGAACCUCUGAUAUUCAUUCUCCUGUUUGCAGGACUGUUGGAGUCAACAUCAGUUACAGCACAAAACAUGACUAACACAACAACAGCCUCGAUAUCUGUCAGCACAAGUGUGACACAACUAACAUCAUCUUCGACACGACUCGUAGCAACUUCACAGUCAGUCAAGACAUCUUCAUCUUCAGUCAGAUCAUCUUUAUCUCCGAUAACGCAAACUUCACCCCCACUUUCUUCAAGUCAAGUACCCCGAACUGAAAGUUUGCCAACAGUCAGCACCACUUCAUUCCCACUUUCAGAAACCUCCCCAGCAGUGGGGUCAAGCAUUGCAACUUCGGCACCUGUCACUGACACCUUGCCAACAGUCAACACGGCUUCAGUACAACAGACUACCUCAGCGCUAGUCAGUGAGACUUCAUCCCUGGAUCAGUCAGCUACAACACUUGCAGCUUCAAAACCUCAAACUUCACCCCCACUUUCUUCAAGUCAGGUACCCUUGACUGAAGGUUUGCCAACAGUCAGCACCACUUCAGUCCCACUUUCAGAAACGUCCCCACCAGUGGGGUCCAGCUCAUUACCGGCUGCUUCAACUUUGCCAAUAAUCACAGGUUCACCACAAAGCGUUGCAACUUCAGCAUCUGUCACUGAGACCUUGCCAACAGUCAACACGGCUUCAGUUCAACAGAUUACAUCAGCGCUAGUCAGUGAGACUUCAUCUCUGGAUCAGUCAGCUACAACACUUGCAGCUUCAAAACCUCAAACUUCACCCAGACUUGCUUCAAGUCAGGUACCCUUGACUGAAGGUUUGCCAUCAGUCAGCACCACUUUAGUCCCACUUUCAGAAACGUCCCCACCAGUGGGGUCAAGCUCAUUACCGGCUGCUUCAACUUUGCCAAUAAUCACAGGUUCAGCACAAAGCGUUGCAACUUCAGCACCUGUCACAGAGACCUUGCCAACAGUCAACACGGCUUCAGGGCAAGUCAGUAAGACUUCAUUGCCAGAUCAAUCCGCUUCAACAGCUGCAGCUUCAAUGCUUGUGAGCACAACUGUGACACAAGAAAUAUCAUUUUCAACACAACUGGGAACAACUGAUCAUGAUAUUCCUUCAACUUCACAUGUGCAAGGAUCGUCUGCAGCACCAACAACUAAAAAAUCUGCUGUGGAAGUAAUUACAGCAGCUGCCACAUCAUCAGCACCAAAAGUCACCCUAGGAUUCAAAAUACUGGAAAAUUUCACACAAGAACUUCUGAAUCAAUCUUCACCAGGCUUCAAGAGUGUCUCCGACAGAGUAACUACAGCUUUGGAUGAGGUCUAUACAAAGGAAUUUGGUGCACUCUUUAAUCGAUCCAUUGUCAAAUCUUUCAGUCAAGGCUCCAUUGUGGUAGAUGCUGAACUGAUAUUCAAUAACGCCAGCUCAGUGCCAACAACAAGUUCUGUGGAAGCGGCUCUGGUGCAGGCAGCGUCCAACAAUUCCAACUUCUCUCUUCCACUGAAUACAUCAACCAUUGUUGCAACAAGUAUUAGCACCCCGACAUCUUCACCCACAAUUCUUCCUACUACAGCUGUUCCAACCACUGCUCCCCGUUCUGCAGCUGCCUCUACUGCAGUUGCUCCCACUGCUACACAUGCUCCCAAUACAGCAGCUGCCUCUACUGCAGUUGCUCCUACUGCUACACCUGCUCCCAAUACAGCAGCUGCCUCUACUGCAGUUGCCCCCACUGCUACACCUGCUCCCAAUACAGCAGCUGCCUCCACUGAUGUUGCAGUCACUUCAGCUGCAGAAACCACCACCACUGCAUCAACAAACCCACCUUCAUCUAGUGAGGGAACCCUGGGUCUUCAGUUUAGUCUCAACCAAACAUUUACAUCAGAUCUCUCCAACUCCUCCUCCACAGCAUUUAAGAAUUUGUCUGCAACAGUGGUCUCAGAGGUCAACAAAGUUUGUCAGAACGUCUUUCCAUCGAGCUUCAGUCGCUCUAUUGUCAACAAUUUCACGAGGGGAUCAGUGGUUACUGACAUGACUCUUGUCUUCAAAGAUAAGUCCUCAGUUCCAGCAGCAAGCAACGCGACGUCACAACUCAGUGCUGGACUUAGCAGCUCUGCAUCCCUUAAUAUUGUACCAGGCAGCAUUACUGCCCAGUCAUCAACAUCGAGUAGUCCUCCUCAUCGUACAGUGCUCUCACUGGCAGUCUUGUCCCUCACACUGCUGGCUAUGGCAAACAUGCUGACAGACUUCUAGUGGGGAUCCAAAGACAGUCACUGACUGGAUAAGUAGCUUUUGCUGUGUUAUCAAUAGUGUCUAUUUAGAGAACGGUUUCUUACAAUUUUAUUCAACAGUGAUUUGAAAUGUAUUUAAAAUGUAAUACAUUUUUAUAAUUCACAUUUAUAACUAAUUUUUUGUUUAACACAGUUAAUGUAAUGACAGCUAAAGCAUGGUUUUAUGUUACAUUUUCUAUGGAAUUUGUUAAUGUCAUGCAAAAUAUUUAUGGUCUUGAAUUCAACAAAAGCAUCUGGUAAUAUAAGAGACAUAUUAUCUUUUUUUUUUUUUUUUUUUUAAAUUGUUGUAUUUUUCUUUCACCACAUGUUUUUUUGACCACAUGGUUUAGCUCUAUGUAUGCAACUAAUGACUAUUUUGAUGAUUGAACAGUCUUGCUUUUGAAACAAAUAAUCUACCAUUUUGAUUGUGAAUUGCACAGUUACUCAAUGACAUUUAUGUAGCUAUCAGCUUUUAAAUUUAGCCUGAGGUUGUUUUAUGCUUGUGCUUAUCAGCAUUAAAGAUGAAUUCUUCAUUUAUAUU